CGGCCAAGAGCCCGCGCAAGUCGCAGCCCGAGAAGGUCAAAAAGGACACCCACAAUACCAUGGUGACCACGCAGCCCGACCCGUUCAAGGCGCUGAUGCGCGCACUGACCAGGCUAUGCAUCGCCAACUCGCGCGACGUAGCCGACCUGAUCGGCGCCUCGGCUCUCCUCCUCAACACGAACACCCCCGAGAAGGCCAAAACAGCUCUUCAGGUCUUCUGGGACUCGAACAUCGCCCACGGCGAGAGCAACCUGCAGGUGCUGCAGGAUCAGGCGAGGUACUGUCGCAUGAGGCCCACGUAUUACAAUCGAGAGAAGAAGGAGAAGCCCACCAUGUUCAAACUCCAGUUCAUGCUCUCGGCGGAGGUCCAGACGGCGAUGGUCACUUGGAACGGGUACGCUCAGCUGUGGAGCGGUGCCUAG